UUUAGUUUCUGGAAAAGCAAAUUGUGAAACUUGUGAGUUUGUUAUGAACGAGGUGUUCUCAGUGCUCUCAGAUAAAGAUGACCAGGAGAUGGUGAUCAAUGUCCUAGAGAGUAUUUGCUACAGACUUCCAGCAAGCAUUGAUCAACCAUGCGAGAGAUUCGUGGACAGCUAUACCCCAAUGAUCCUGAGCCUGAUUGCCGAAUCUCUAACUCCUGAUGAAAUCUGUUCAGCUUUAGAUCUUUGCACGAGUCAAGUUGUACAAGUUGUAGAAUAUGAGAGGAAACUGGAAGAUACUGGAUGUGUACUCUGUGAAUAUGUUAUAUCUAAUCUUGACAAGAUAUUGGAGGAUAGUACUAAUAAGGCAGAGAUCAAAGCAGCUUUGGAUUCAGUUUGCGCAAUUCUUCCUCAAACAGUGAGUAAAGAGUGUACUCAGUUUGUUAACAGCUAUACAGAUCUUAUCAUCGACAUGCUUACUAGCGAGAUCACACCAGAAGAGAUCUGUAAAAACCUUGGAUUAUGCGGGAAGAAAGUGGAAGAACAGUAUCCUGUGGUGUAUACUGGAAACCCAAAAGAUGAUGUGAAAGGCCCUUAUUGUUCACUAUGUGAGUAUGCACUGACUACUGUUGACCAAAUGCUUAAGGAUAAACAGAAUGAGGAGGAAAUUGAGCAGGCUCUGGAUAUCGUCUGCUUCCAUCUUACAGCCCCAGUACAUAAACAGUGCUUGAAGAUGGUUAAGCGGUAUACAGAGCAGAUAAUUGAUCUCCUUGUUAAUGACUACACACCUUCCAUGAUUUGCUCGGAGAUUUCUCUAUGUGUAAACUCAGAGAUUAGUUCUAAUGAUAUAACAGACCUGGAUUAUCAAGUCAGCUAUGAUCCUAAACCUAGCCAGGAUAAAGAUGUUGGUUGUGUGAUGUGUGAGUUUGCUAUGCAAGUUAUCGACGAACAUUUGGACGAUGAACCAACCAUUGAACAGAUUGAGAGAACCGUUCAAUUCCUGUGCAGCUAUCUUCCAGGAAGCAUUGCAGAUAUUUGUGAACAAUUCAUUGAUAACAAUGGACAGAAGAUAAUCGAGGGAUUGGUUUCUGAAGAGUUGAGCCCUAAACAGGUGUGUACUGUACAGCUGAAUCUGUGUCCCGUAGUUGCAAGGCAAGCCUGUAAUUUUGGCCCUGAGCUGUGGUGUGCUACACCUUUCCAUGCCAGGCUAUGUAAUGCGGAGGAAUACUGUCAGGCGCUGUCUACGAUUAAGAAUUGAACAUUUGCCAAUAUGGAAUAUGCGUGAAUUCUGUAUAUUAUCAACGACGAUAUUCAUUAUUGAUAUCUCAAUCUAAAGUUAAAUCAUUAAAGGGAAUAUGUGCACAAAAUUGAGAGGCACUUAGAAUAUUCCUAAUUUCUUGAUCACAUAAAUCUCUCUUUUAAUUUAAGGAAAGUCGGUCACUAUGAAGAAUACAAAAUAUAAAAAUGUAAUUGACUGUUUCCUGAUUAUAUAAUAAUCAAAUAAAUUUUGAUAUUUAA